GUUACCGUUCCUAGCAGCAAUCAGUCUUAUUCUGUGUUUGUCAGAGAGAUACCACGAUUUAAAGAUGAUGAAAAGCUUCCUAAUUCUGUUGUAUCUUCUUAUACAACUGACUGUCAUCAAUAAAAAUACUACCUCAAGGCUAAAGAUCCAAUCAUACAGCAUUGUCACAGUAAAUGAUCUUGAAAAGAAUGGUACAAGUAAGAUUGGUUUGAACUUCUUGGAUGUAGCAUUGGUGUUUUUGUGCUUUGUUGUUUCUUUCGUAGUAUUCGAAAGAUACAGAUACAACAACAAAUUGAAGAAGCAAGUUCAACUGUUGAGGAGAAAUUCAGUGAACCACGAUGUAUUGAUCAGUAGAUUAUCCCCGUUUCUCGAAGACUCUCGAAGCAGAAAUUCAGGGAUUGAAAUGCCUUUGAGAAAACUGAAUAGAAAUAUAGAUUAUUUAGUCUCGGAUAUUAAAAGCCACACCAGUGAAUUGGAAAAAAUUCAAAUCCAAUUUACAAGUUUCAAAGUAGAAUGGCUUAAGCAAUCCAAACUGUACGUGAAUAUACCGGAAAGUGUUCUGUUUUCCAGCAUUGAAGCUCCACAGAUAGCAAGCGAACUGGCGAAUCUUCGGGACUAUAUAGAGGAUGGACUAGACAAAUUUAGGAUAGCUAUGGAGAGUAAUCGGUCAUCAUUAGAUACAGCAAAAUCAGCUGUUGAGCAGUUGUUAAUAUCUGAAGGUAUUUGAAGAAGCGGCAACCAAAGAAGACUACCUGAUAGUUAUUAAAUAAAACAAUUCAUUGCAUAAA